GUUCAAUUUAGGAUCUUUACUAUUUUUUUGUUUUGACAUGAGCUAAUCCAGAAAUUAAGUGUAUAAAUGUACCACAUAAUAUUUCUUCUUCAACAAGGGAAUCAUCGAUUAAUCUAUAUCUACCAAGACUCCAAGAGAUGCUCUAAAACACCGUGAAAUUUCGUGUAUAAAAUAGCUAUGGCAUCCAAGGAACAAUCAUCAAUUGCAAGUGAAUCAGUGAUGCAGAGUGAUGAGCUAUACAAGUAUAUUUUGGAGACCAGCGUAUAUCCAACGGAAGCUGAAUAUUUGAAAGAGUUGAGAGAAGCCACAACUUCUAACCAUACUACAAAGACAGUUGUUACAUGCCCAAUUGCUGGACAAUUGAUGGGCAUGCUCUUAAAGCUAGGGAAUGCAAACAUGGUCAUUGAAAUUGGAGUUUCUACCGGAUAUUCUACACUUUUAACAGCUCUCACUAUUCCUAAAGAUGGGGAGAUUCUAGCCAUAAGUCCAGACCAAAAAUCAUUUGAAAUUGGUUUACCAAUCAUCAAGAAAGCAGGUGUUGAUCAUAAAAUCAACUUCAUUGACUCGGAAGCUCUUCCCGUUCUAGAUCAAUUUGCCAAAGAUAAAUUGAACAUGGGAAGUUUCGAUUUUGCAUUCGUUAAUGAGAUUGACACUAAUAAUUACACAAACUACUACAAGAGGUUAGUGAAGUUGGUGAAGAUUGGAGGGUUGAUUUACUUUAGUAACACCCUUUGUGAAGGGUAUGUAGUUAAACAAGAGCAAGAUGUGCCAGAAAACAAGAGACUUCUUAGGCAACAAUGCCACAACUUCAUCAAGGAAAUGUCACAAGACCCUCAAGUGCAAAUAUGUCAUUUACCAAUAGGCAAUGGUUUCUUCUUAUGUAGGCGCGUUUAUUGAAUCUCGUGUGCAUCAGUGCCUUUUCAGUAUCAGUCAUGUUGUUUAUAAACUACUAUAUGUAGGAAGAUGUUACGAUAAGGAAAAUUAUGUUAUGGAAAGUUUUUCUGAGAUACAAUAUAUCUAGGACGUAGUUUACAUUGUUUA